AUGGAGCUCCCGGUGGGCAGCGACGGCGUCCACCUGUCCACCUACAGGACACCUGGAGGGCUGGAGGAUUCUGGUUUCUACCGACAUUACGGCGAUAAAUCAGACGCUUUGACCGGCUACGAGACUCUGGACGCUCCGCCGCACUAUGACUUCUACGCCAACACCGAGGUUUGGGGUCGACGGCGGCGGUUCAGACCGUCUCUGUACCAGCUGCACGCCAAGCCAGAGGACGACUGCAGACCCCCCAUGUACGAGGAGACCACCGGACCGACCGAGUCCUCCGGCGAUGAAGAGGAAACGACGGAGCCUCCUCCUGAGCCGACCCGGUUCGGCUGGGUUCAGGGAGUCAUGAUCCGCUGCAUGCUGAACAUCUGGGGGGUGAUUCUGUACCUGAGGCUGCCGUGGAUCACAGCUCAGGCUGGAGUCGGUCUGACCUGGGUCAUCAUCCUCCUGUCCUCCUGUAUUACUGGGAUCACUGGUUUGUCCACGUCAGCCAUCGCCACCAACGGCAAAGUCAAAGGAGGAGGAACAUACUUCCUGAUCAGUCGGAGUCUUGGUCCGGAGCUCGGCGGCUCCAUCGGUCUGAUCUUCGCCUUCGCCAACGCCGUUGCCGUGGCGAUGCACACUGUGGGAUUCGCCGAGACGGUGACAGACCUCAUGAGUGAACAUGGAGCCGUCAUGGUGGACAGAACCAACGACAUCCGCAUCAUUGGCGUCGUCACGGUUACGUGUCUGCUGGGGAUCUCCAUGGCGGGGAUGGCCUGGGAGUCCAAGGCCCAGAUCCUGUUCUUCCUGGUCAUUAUGGUGUCGUUUGUUAAUUACAUCGUUGGAACCAUCAUCCCUGCUUCACCAGAGAAACAGUCCAAAGGGUUCUUCAGCUACAGAGCUGAUAUCUUCGCUGCCAACUUCGUCCCCGGCUGGAGAGGACCUGAAGGCAGCUUCUUUGGGAUGUUCUCCAUCUUCUUCCCCUCGGCCACUGGGAUCCUGGCAGGAGCCAACAUCUCCGGAGACCUGAAGAACCCCACGGUGGCGAUCCCCAGAGGAACCCUCAUGGCCAUUUUCUGGACUACGGUUUCCUACCUCAUCAUCUCAGCCACCAUCGGGGCCUGUGUGCUCAGGGAUGCGUCUGGUUUAUUAAAUGACUCUCUUUCUUCCUCGUCUGCUGACUGCGUUGGUUUAUCCUGUAACUACGGCUGGGACUUUACCGAGUGUAUAAACAAUAGAAGCUGCUCGUAUGGAAUCAGUAACUACUACCAGACGAUGAGUUUGGUUUCUGGAUUUGCUCCUUUAAUAACCGCUGGGAUCUUUGGAGCGACUCUGUCCUCGGCGUUGGCCUGUCUGGUGUCUGCACCCAAAGUCUUCCAGGUCCUGUGUCAGGACAGACUCUACCCUCUGAUCGGAUUCUUCGGUAAAGGCUACGGUAAAAACAAGGAACCAAUCAGAGGCUACCUGCUCGCUUACAUCAUCGCCGUCUGCUUCAUUCUGAUUGCCGAGCUGAACACCAUCGCUCCCAUCAUCUCCAACUUCUUCCUCUGCUCCUAUUCUCUGAUCAACUUCAGCUGCUUCCACGCCUCCGUCACCAACUCACCAGGGUGGCGUCCCAGCUUCAGGUUCUACAGCUGCUGGCUCUCUCUGCUUGGAGCCGUCUGCUGUGUCGUCAUCAUGUUCCUGUUGACCUGGUGGGCGGCGCUCAUCGCUUUUGGAGUGGUGGUCUUCCUGCUGGGAUACACGCUGUACAAGAAGCCAGAUGUGAACUGGGGCUCGUCGGUCCAGGCCGGCUCCUACAGCUUUGCCCUGAACCAGUGUGUGGGCCUCAACAGCGUGGAGGAUCACGUCAAGAACUACAGGCCUCAGUGUUUGGUUCUGACCGGACCUCCCAGCCGUCGACCCGUUCUGGUCGACCUCGUCAGCUGUUUGACCAAACGUCUGAGCCUCAUGAUGUGUGGAAACGUCGUCACUGGGCUGCAGGAAGCUAACAGCAGCCGCCACGUCUUCCUGCUGAAACCCAGGGAAGGUCAGAGCUUCGUACGAGGAGUUGUAGCUGCAGACCUGAGAUCAGGAGUCAACGUUCUCUUCCAGGGUUCAGGUUUGGGUCGUAUGAAGCCCAACGUUGUUCUGAUGGGUUUUAAGAGCGACUGGUCCACAUCGUCACCUGAAGCUGCUCACAGCUACAUAGGAAUCCUGCACGACGCUUUCGACCUGCAGUUUGGUGUUUGUGUCCUCAGAAUGAGAGAAGGAUUCGACAUUUCUCCUCCGCAUCGAUCACACGUGAAUCCUGGUUUUGAGGCUUUCUCGGAGUCAGAGAACAUCUCAGCUCCGUCCUGCAUCCAGACCAGCCUUCUGUCUGCCGUCGGACCAGACCUCAGCUGGGCUCAGUGUUUCCAGAAGAAACAAGGAAAGAAGACCAUCGACGUCUACUGGCUGUCUGACCUGCUGCUGCCCUACCUGCUGACCAGGAGGAGGCGCUGGUCCAGCUGUAUGCGAGUGUUUGUUGGAGGAGAACUGGACCGAAAGGAGGAGCAGAGGCAGGAAGUUGUGGCUCACAAGAAGUUCCGUCUGGGUUUCCAUGAGGUGGAGGUUCUUCCAGACGUCCACAACCCUCAGCCUGAGAGCGUCCGGCGGUUCGAGGACCUGAUCGGACCCUUCAGGGUGGAUCCGGACCCCAAACAGGAUCCUGGUUGUGGGCUGGGGAGGCAGCAGGAGGAGCCCUGGAGGAUCAGCCAGCAGGACGUGGAGAGGAACCAGGCCAAGACUCUCCGACAGAUCCGACUCAACGAGGUUCUGAAGGACUAUUCCAGAGACGCCGCUCUGAUCGUCAUCACCAUGCCGGUGGGGAGGACAGGUGUGUGUCCCAGCAUGCUCUACCUGGCCUGGCUCGACUUCCUGUCACGUGACCUGAGGCCUCCCGUCCUAUUGGUCCGAGGAAACCAGGAGAACGUUCUCACCUUCUACUGCCAGUGAGAGCUGCAACACUUCUUUAACAAACAGCGUAGAAGUUUGACCUUUAACGGCUCUAAACUUCAUCCAGUCACAGCGUUGGACAGAAACUAGCAGCAGGAAUGAUUGAUUUAUCGAUCUGAAGACACAGUUAGAACGUCAGGAAACACUUUGAACGUCUUUUCCACGCGUCAGUCCAGAGCUGGAGGACGUUUUCCAUCCCAUAAUUCACGUAGAAAAUGCUAAAACAUCGGUAGUGUGUAAAUGUUCUUGUCCUGAGACCAGAUCUAAAAACUGUGAGAAAAGAAUUUGACAAUAUUUUUAAAUCCCAAAUAAGUCUGGAGUUCCCCGAACAUCUUAUUUUUCUCUGAUCCACCUGAUGACCAAACUGGAUCUCUGAUAAAACAGUUUUGGUUCAUUUUACUAAAUUUAUGGAUAUUUCACUAAUUUAAUGGUUAACUUGAUUAAAUUUAUGGAUAAUUUCAUUAAAGUUAUGGUUAAUUUGGCUACAUUUAUGGAUAAUUUUACCAAAUUUAUAUUUAUUUAACUAAAUUUAUAAUUAAUUUGACUAAAUUUAUGGUUAAUUUUAGUAUAUUUAUGGAUCAUUUGAUUAAAUGUGUAGAUAAUUUGACUACAUAUAUGAUUAAGUUCACUAAAUUUUUGGAUAAUUUGGCUAAAUUUAUUAAUUUUCCUAAAUUUAUCGUUACUUUGACCAAACUUAUGGAUAAUGAUAAAUAUUAAGACAGAUGGAACAGAACGAUAAAUAAGUGACGAUGAGCUUCUGUUAGUUUAGAUUGAUUUUAUUUUGCAUUAUUCAUUUUUUUACAUCACAAUAAAUGAAGAAACCUGAGGAUCUAUAGAAAUGACCUGUAAUGUCUGAAUAACCAGAGAAUGAAGCAGCAAAAUGAUUUAUGAUCAAUAUAAUAUCAUAAUUAUCUGUUUUCAGUCAUCAAUGUAGAAUCUGAAUCAUUUAUGCUUUUCUCUUUUUUUAUAUAAAAUUUAGUUUAAUUAUUCAGCCUUAAACAGUCAACAUUAGGUGGAAAUAAAUGAUUGUCUUUAAUCUAAAUGCUGAUUCUGACCAAUGAAAUAUAUUUAAAUAGAAUAAACACCAUCAGCUCUUCUUCUAAUUGUCUGAAUCAUUUGGAUUUUAAUAAAGCAAAGUAAACAUGAAGCUAAUUUAAUUUUCUGUAUUUUUCUUUAUAAUGACUUUGUGACAUUCUGUCUCAGUAGAAAAUUGUUUUCUGUAUGAAAAAUUAAUAAAAACGAGAUUUACUGAU